AUGUCUGCUGGCUUCUAUUCCUUGGCUGAGAUUCUCUCGGUCGCCCAGGUCCAUCCAUUUUAUUCGGACACGCAAUAUCCCCCUACCCGAGAGGUGCUCGCUCACAUCCUUCAGGCUGCCCAAGCAAACCCGAAAGCCGGCCGGGAUCUCGAGUCAUUUCCCUUGACGAGAAAGCACUCGCUAUACCAGCAAAUCUCUCGGCUCACGGUGGACAAGGAUGCACGGAACGGAUAUCGCCGGGAAACCUUUGUCAGCACCACCGGAGGGGGUUCAGGCGGGGCCCCGAUGGUGUUUGCGACAGAUGCCCUCGAAAACCGACAGCAGCGAGCGGUGAUGGGCAAUCUCCUGCGGAAUUGUGGCCUCAUCGAACCGGGGGAUUGGAUCCUGACCCUCCACGUCUCGGGCCAUCUCUACCGGGCUUUGGACUUGAUGACCGAGUUGUCCGAGAAUGCCGGUGCGGCUGUUUUAUGUGCUGGACCGGAGAUGGCGCACUCGGCGGUCGUGGAAGCCAUCAUUCAGUAUCGGGCUAAUGCCGUGGCGGGGGACGUCAGUCAGCUCCUGCAACUGGCCAAGUAUGUCACCACCUUGGAUGCAGCACAGAAGAAAGAGCUGGCCCUCACCAAGUUGUUCUACACGUCCGAGUCCAUGACAUCCUCCCAGCGAGGGUUUCUGAUCUCGGCCUUUGGGGAACUCACCAUCUGCUCCAUCAUCGGCAGCGCAGAGGCCGGGGCAUGGGGUGUCUCGAGCAGUGCCUUGACCGGGGUUCCCAAGGGAGACUAUACAGAUUUUAUCGUCGAUAAACGAACCAUCCAUCUGGAGAUCAUUCCUCUGUCGGUUACAGAUCCGGACGAAGCCGCUCCCGGCAAGACCACCGGUGUGCAACAUGUACCCCCAGGACAGCCGGGCCUUCUUGUGCAAACGUCACUCCAGCGGUUGAGAAAUCCCCUGGUCCGGUACGUAUGUGGCGAUAUCGCCUCCCUGCACCCAUUGCCUCCGACAUUGCUCGCAACUCUUCCCAGCCAACACACCGAGCAUUACCAAGUCGUCCGCAUCUACGGCCGUGAUCAACGUUCCAGCUUUACCUGGUACGGCGAGUACUUUGAAUUUGGGGCCAUCGAGACCUUUAUGCGGGCCGAGCAGUGGGAUAUCCUACUGUGGCAGAUUAUUCUGCAGCAUGCGACCGAGGGGGCGGGCAUUGUGCUGGAGGUUCGCAUCUUCCGGGACCCCAAGAGUCGGGUCAGCCAAGAUCAUCUAGCUGCUAAGAUUCGAGAGUUUUUCUGGGUGUUUGAUUUCAAUGCCGAGUUGUUUCGGUUGGAAUUUCUGGUGGAUACGAGGGGGUUUCGACAGAGUCGGACAGGGAGGAAGGUGAUGCAGUUUGUGGAUCUGACUGCUUGAUGUAUAUCAAAGACUACUACCUCAUCAGUUGAAUACUGCAAUCUUUGAAUCAAAG